AUGGAAUCUGCCUCGAGCCGGCUCGGCGAGUUGGAAAAAUCUUACAGUGACCUGGCACAGUCGCUGCACCGUCCCACCAACGUGAGAUACACUGUCCUGUGGGACCUCGGCAAAAUUCUCCACGCUUUAUAUACGUGCUUUCCACAAGGCCAUGGAGGCUCCAUGCUGCAAUCUGUGAGGAGCUUGUUUCAGAAGCCGCCACCAAAACCAUGCACUUCCACCAUGCGGAAGGAGUUGUGCCAGCUCCGCCAACAGGCCAACCGACAGCGCUGGAUCUGCUGGGAAAGCGAUGCUGCAGGUCUAGAAGUGGAGGUGGCGAUGCUAAGUGGCCGGUCGUGGAAGUUCAUCAUUGGCAACACCGCCAAGGGCGUGGAGGUCAAGGAGCGCCUGGCAGAGUUGUCUGGGAUACACCAGGCUGAGCUGUCCCUAGUUUGCAGCGGCAGACAGAUCAGAGACGAUGAGGUGCUACUGACGACUUUUUUCUCUGAUCUUGCUGGCCCACCUCCUCAACUUCAGCUUCUGAGGAUUUUCAGGCCUUUCGCAUUGACCUGCAGCACAGACUGCACUUUGAAGAUGUGGGAUAUGGAUCGAGCGGCAUGCGUGCAGACAUUGCGAGGCCAUGGUGAUGGUGUGAUGUCCCUCGUCGUAGACUGGAAAACCAGAUAUGCUGUCAGCGGCGCACAUGACUGCACCUUGCGCGUGUGGGAUCUUGAUCAUUGUAUCUGCGUUCAAGCCAUUCAGGUUGCUGACCAUCCAGCAUUCUGCUUAGACUUCGAUCAUGCCAGCAGCCGUAUUCUCACAGGUUCGUGGGACAAGAAUGUGAAGAUAUGGGAUAGCGAGCUUGGUGUCUGCGUCGCUACUUUCAGUGGCCAUGUGGGCAUGGUCAAGGUCGUCAGGCUUGACUGGCCUCGUCGCCGUGCGUUGAGUGGUUCGUGCGAUGGUACAUUGAAAGUUUGGGAUCUCGACCGCGAGUCCUGCCUCUGCACGCUAGAAGGGCAUCAAGACGAGGUCUGGUCCGCUGAUGUGGACUGGACUCGGAACACUGCCUUGAGCGGUUCUGCGGACUCUUCUGUGCGCUACUGGAACUUGGCCACUGGAGAUUGCUUGGCGACUCUGCGCGGACACACGCACGGAGUGGCUGCAGUAUCGCUUCAAGGCAAGGAAGGCCGGGCGCUGAGUGGUUCGUGGGACAGGAGCUUGAGGCUGUGGGAUCUGCAAAAGCAGGAAUGCCUGACUAUGUUGGUUCAUGGUACUUCGGUCACCACGAUGUCUGUGGACUGGGUACAUGGCAAGGCCUUGACUGGCUCACCUCAGGCCAUGAAGCUUUGGGACUUCAACCGCCAAACUUGCGAGCACGACCUCGCUGGGCACUUGUGUGAUUCGGUGGAGGUUUCUGGCAGCUCGACUCCUGUGAGCGUUGGGCACAAUGAGUGCGUUACGAGCUUGGUGAUGAACUCUCCAGAUUAUUUCUGUUCACAGGCAGAUGAAUAA